AUGGAAAGCGAUAACUGUGCUUAUCACCCAGCAAAAUAAAUAGAAUUAAUAUGUUUAGAAGAGAGUUGCCCUGAAAAAGGAUGUAUGUUUUGUGCAUUUUGUUUCUUAGUUGAUGGAGUUCAUCACAAUCAUAAAUUUGUAGAAAGUGAAAAAAUUCAAUAAUUUGUAGAAGAAAAUGGGGAAAGAUUUUUACAGAAAGUAAUUCAAAAAGCUGACUAAAUGUGUUAUGAGCUGACUACAGAAAUAUGGAACUUUAAAAAUUUUUUUGUGGACUAUGCUAAAAAGUGUAUUUAAGAGCUAACAGACCUUUUAUAAAGCUCUGACUAAGAGCAUCUAAUAAAUAAUAUCAGCCUAAUAUAAGAUAUUUAAACAAUUGUAGAAGAAAAUGAAAACCAUCGCAUAUUUUAAAUGAUAAAAUCAUCUUAAUAGCGAAUAACGUUGCACUUAAAAAAUUGCAUAAUACCUUUAGAUUAUAGUUAUGAGAAGGUUUAUUAAUUUGAAAAAAAUAAGAUAAAAGACUUGAUAGAUAAAUAUACUUAAUUUUAAUUGACUGAUUCUGUAAAGACUACAUUAUAGUAAAUAGAACCUUUUUUAUAUGACCAGCCUCAUUUGGAGAACUUUAAGUAUCCUUAAUUAGUUGAAGAGUAAUAUAAAAAAACUAAGGACAUAUCUUUCAAGUAAUAUGAUUUAGAAACAAAACGCUCUAAUGGAAGAGGUAUGAUUAUUAGAGAAGAUGGGAGUUAUUUUGAGGGAUAUUUUUUAGAUGGUAAAAUAGAGGGAAAAGGUAGAAAUAUAUGGCCAGAAGGAGAUUGGUAUGAAGGUGGAUUUAAAAAAGGUAAAAAACAUGGAUUUGGGACACAGAGGUUGAGUGAUAAACUUUAUUUUGGAGAAUAUGUAGAAGAUUAUAGAGAGGGUUAUGGGACAAUUAUAUUUGAUAAUGGAGAUACUUAUAGAGGAUGUAUGUAUUAAGAUAAUAUGUGUGGCUAUGGAGAACUUAUUACUGCAAAUGGAAAGAUGGUUAGAGGGUAUUUUGUUGACAACGAAUUUAAAGGAUAGACUUAUAAUGAUGUAAUUAAAUAAGAUUUUUAAAAUCUAAAAAUCUAAUGA